GCGCGCACGCGCGGGGCGGGCGUUGCCUGGCGACGGGGGGACGCGGUGCGUGGCGGGCGCUGCCGGGCCCGGCGGUGCGGGAUGGAGCGCGGGGCGGACGCGGAGGCUGCGGCCCCGGGGCGGCGGGACCCGGGGCAGGACCCCAGCGACCCCGGCCCUGGUCCCGAGGAGCGCAUCGCCGCCCGCCAGCGCCGCAUCGCCGCCCGCCUCGAUGCCAAGCGCCGGGAGGCCCUUGGAGAAGAGGCGGAGCCGAAGGUAGUAGAGGAGGAGGAAGAGCAGAGAAAGAGCCACCAGCAGAUUGAGGAGAGCCGGCAGAGGCUGGCCAAGCUGCAAUUUGAGGGCACGCAGAUGGUGACAAGCAUCCAGGUGGCUGCUGACUUGAGGGAGACACAGAGGAGGGCAGAGAAUGCAGAGCUGAAGCUGCAGAGGGUGCAGAAGCUGGAGAAUGAAGCCAAGUCUAGCACACAGAAGUUUGUGGAGAUCACCUCCAAGUGGGCCUUGGCCAAGGACAUGACGAUCCCACAGGAUCUGUGGCAGCUGCUGAACCAACAGCAGCAACUGUGCACGCUGCUUCUGGAGCAGAAGAACAAGCUCAUCAGUGAACUGCAGCAGGAGCUGAAAAACAAAGAUGAGCAAUACGUGCAGGCCAUUAAGAAGCAGUCGGAUGAUAUUCACCUGCUGUUGGAGAGAAUGGAGGAACAGAUCAGGACCAUGCUGAAAACUUACCGUCAUAACGUCCUACAGAUUGAGAAAGCUUUUGAGGAGGAACGGCGAGAACUGCUGGACAGCAACAGGAAGAAGUGGGAGGAAGCCAUCCAGGCCCACAACGCACAGGAGAUGGAAUACCUCCGUGCCCGCAUGAGGAAGGUGGAAGAGUUUGAGAAAGAGCUGAGCCAGCUGCGGGUGCAGGAUGAGGAGGAGUACAACAACAUGAAGAUGCAGCUGGAGAAUGAUGUAGAGAGCUUCUGGAGCAGAUGCUGGGACUCCCUGUUCACGAUGGAGGAGUGGAAGUUGGUGUUACUGGUCUUGAUGGCAACCCUGAGCCUUUGGGCCCUCUGCACGCUCGUGCUGCCCUGUGCCCCCGGCUUGUUGGCCGUAGUGUGUGUCAGCAUCCUCAUGUCCUGUUGGCCCAAGUGCAAGGACAAGGAGACCUUUGCCAGAAAGUGGAGUUGGAAAAGCUGGAGGAAGAACCCAAUAGGAGCCUUCAUCAUGUGGGAUGGCACCAAGAAGUCUAAGGAGAACCUGAAGGCUAAAACCCACGCUGGGGAAGCCGCCUCUGCAAGGGGACACCAGGGCAGGACAGGUCCCAUGGAUGAAGGUGGAAAUCUGAGUGCAGAGCUCCUCAGGAACCAGCCCUCCACUGCCAGAUCCCUGGUGGAGUCCCUGAACCUCACCCAAAUCUGCUUUGACCUGCUGGGUGAGCUGCAGAGUAUUCUGGAUAGCGGUGCCCCACUGCCACGGAAAGCCGUAAGGAAGGAGUAUCUCGUCUGCCUGAAGUGCCAUCAGUGCCUCACCAGCAGCUGCCCACACUACAGCAAGCCUGCAGCAGAGCAGGAGCUGCCCACACUGGCUGCCAACCUCGUCACCGUGGAUUUGGUGAUGCACAGGGGGGACCCACAGCUGCAGCUGGGGCUGGGCAUUGAGCUGGCUGUCGGGGGGCAGCUGGUCUACGUGGAGAAGAUCAACCACUGGAUCCCCGAAGGGGACAUUUGUGAGGGCUGCUGUGACCAGUGCCACAAGCCUCUGCCCAGGAGCCCUGGGGAUGGCGAGGACUCGCAGGCAUCAUUCUUCGACCUCAGCGACCAGGGGACACCGGCAGCACACCCAAGACCGGCCAGGCAGAACACAGGGGCUCCAAAGCACACCAAAGGGGGCAAUACCAGCAGUGCCAACCUCCCCAGUGUGGACCCCACAUGGUGCCAGCCUCCGUGGGCAUGGACACCCUCCCCUCCAGCCCUGGACCGGCUGCACAGAGCUGGCAUGGAGCCCCUGCCCUCUGUGGACUACAAGGGCCUGGACCAGGGGCUCAGGGUGCAAUGCUUCAGGGAGCCCUGGGCCAAACUGAAGAAGAGCGUGCGGAGCAGCGUUUCAGCCAAGUCAGAGAGCUCGGCACCCACAGGCACCACAGAUGGGGAGCAGGCGAUGCCAUCCAAGCUCCGGUGUCAGCCUGUCGAGCAGUUCGAUGUCACGCCGAUGAAUGUGUGAGGAGCUCAGAGACAGCAGGUGGGACUGUCGUGGGCAGGGUGAGCACAGCAUAGAAUCAUAGAAUCAUAGAAUAGUUAAGAGUUGGAAAGCACCUUAAGAUCAUCCAGUUCCAA